GCUCUAAAAACUGUUCUCAAUUGAAAUAAAUUUAUUAAAAAAUAAAAAAUAAUAGAUAGAUUCCAGGGAGUAAGUGUGUGGCUUGUUUGGUAGUGGAAAUCUGAUAAUGCAAAUUAUGUUUGACUGUAAACUCAUGAUAACACCUCACACAACACUUGCUUAUUUGUAUUGCUUUUAUAACCUCUCUUCUCAGCUUUAUAACUGUUUGUUACUGUGUGUGUACAUAUGUGAAAGCAAACAUAUAUACCAAUUAAAUUCAGUUUUGCCUAUUUAAUUAUGUGUGUGUAUGUGUAGAUAUUUUUAUAUAAUAUUAUGGUGAUGUUUAGAAUGGAAUUGUUUAAGAACAGUGUUGUCUUUUUGAAAUUCGAUUCUCUCCGUGGAAUCUAUUGAACAAAGGAAGGAUGCUAAGCUAGCUAGGGUUUCGAUCCUGUUGAUUCACACUGUCGUUCUGUUUUCGAGCUAUUCAUCGUGUUCUAAGUACUCCAGGCCUUUUUUAUAUAUGAACAUGCCGCUAGUUAAAUUAGUUGCAUAAAGCAGUGCAAUCAGCAUGAAUUCUUCACCCACCCAUUAUAUCUCCGCAAGGGAUAUGGGUGUAUAUGAGCCAAUCAACCAAUUAAGCAUGUUUGCUGAAUUUGAUGACAAUGGCUGGCCAAACACAUCUCCGACAUUGCUUGUAGAUGUUGACACAAAAUUAGACAACCAGUCAGGAUAUACAUCACAUGAAACAGCUGGAGAUUCUAGCAAGUAUGAUGAAACAAAUAAACGUGUGGAUAAGGUGUUGAGACGUCUUGCACAAAAUCGUGAGGCUGCUCGUAAGAGUCGUCUGCGUAAAAAGGCUUAUGUUCAGCAAUUAGAAAGUAGCCGUUUAAAGCUAAUUCAACUGGAGCAAGAGCUUGAUCAAUCUAGGCAUCAGGGGACGAAUAUAAGCGGAGUAAUAGAUUCUGGUCAUCCAGGGUGCUCUGGAGCAAUGAACUCAGGAAUUGCUUUAUUUGUCUUGGAGUAUAGGAACUGGGUGGAAAAACAAGACAGGCAAAUUUGUGAGCUAAGAAAUGCUAUAAGUUCUGAUUUACCCGAUGGAGAGCUGAGAAUUCUUGUCAAUGAUGGGAUGGCUCAUUAUUCUGACCUCUUCCGGAUGAAAGCAAAUGCUGCAAAAGCUGAUGUCUUCUAUCUCAUGUCUGGAAUGUGGAAAACUUCAGCUGAGCGGUUUUUGCUAUGGAUUGGAGGUUUCCGCCCCUCAGAGCUUCUGAAGGUUCUUUUGCCACACCUUGACCUAUUGGAGCAACAAUGUUCUGAAGUCUAUAACCUUAUACAGUCAUGCCAACAAGCAGAAGAUGCCAUUUCAAAAGGAAUGGAUAAGCUCCAGCAGUUAUUAGUUGAUGCAGUGGCUUCUGGUCUACUGGGUGGAGGUAGUUACAUCCCUCAGGUUGCUAAUGCAAUGGAGAAGCUGGAACCUCUUGUGAGCUUUAUAGAUCAGGCAGAUCACAUUCGACAGGAAACUCUGCAACAGAUGUAUCGUACUCUAACUACCCGCCAAGCAGCUCGGGGCUUGCUUGCCUUGGGAGAAUACUUCCAACGUCUUCGAUCCCUGAGUUCUUUAUGGGCUACCCGCCCUCGUGAGCCUGCUUAAUGAUGCGACGAACACAAUAAUUUACCAGCAGUUUCCUCUGUUAUCAACUAUCAUAGCUAUAAUUAUGCUACAGCUAUUUGUGCUUGCCUUUGUGCCUCAAUACGCAACUGCCUGCAGAGUGCAAUCUUUGGCAGUAUUUUGUCCGUCACCUCAGGUGUAAAUAUGAUGUUAUCAAAAAGAGUGUUAGCUGAUUUAAUUAUAAAUUCUUAUAGACUAUAACAUGUCUGUAGAAACAAUGAUGGAAUUAAUGUGUAAAGUUUUGUUGUUUCA